AUGUCGCAGCCUCGGAUGGGGCCGGAGCGUGCGGGAGUGGAGCUUGGCGACUGCGAGGAGCGCCGGCCGCCGGAGGAGAGCAGGAGGGAGCACUGGCAGUUGUUGGGUAAUUUGAAGACUACCGUAGAGGGUUUGGUGUCAGCCAACAGCCCCAACGUUUGGUCCAAGUAUGGUGGCCUGGAACGGCUUUGCAGGGACAUGCAGAGCAUCCUCUAUCACGGGCUCAUCCAUGACAAGGUGUGUUGCCGCCAAACGGAUUACUGGCAAUUUGUGAAAGACAUCCGCUGGCUGAGUCCCCACUCAGCCCUGCACGUGGAGAAGUUCAUCAACUUGCACGAGAAUGGCCAGAGCAGCACCGAUGGCGUGAAUGAGCGUGUCAUUGCAGAGCUGUGGCUGCAGCACAGCCUGCAGUGCCACUGCCUCUCCGCGCAGCUCCGACCUCUGCUUGGGGACAGACAGUAUAUCAGGAAGUUCUACACAGAUACCGCUUUCCUGCUCAGCGACGCCCACGUCACAGCCAUGCUGCAGUGCCUAGAAGCGGUGGAGCAGAACAACCCCCGCCUCCUCGCCCAGAUCGAUGCCUCUAUGUUUGCCGGGAAGCAUGAGAGCCCACUGCUGGUGACAAAGAGCCAGAGCCUGACAGCUCUGCCUGGUUCCACAUGCACCCCUCCAACCAGCUCCGAAAGAAGAUCUACUUCCUUUUCUCUCUCUGGCCCUCCCCGGAAACCUCAAGAAAGCAGAGGGCACAUUUCCCCAGCCAAGGAUCAAACCAUCCAGGCCCCUCUGCUCCCAGUCUCUGCAUUAACCAGGGAUUCCCCUUCAACGCCAAAUGAGAUGAGCUCCAGCACUCUGACCAGCCCUUUGGAGUCAUCCUGGGUCAGCAGCCAGAAUGAUUCUCCAAGCGAUGCCAGCGAAGGGCCCGAGUACUUGGCCAUCGGCAACCUGGACUCCCGCGGCCCGGCCGCCAGUUGUCAGAGUCACAGCAGCAAUGCCGAGAGCAGCAGCUCCAAUCUGUUCUCCUCCAGCGGCUCCCAGAAGCCAGCUUCGGCGGCUUCUUCCCUAGUGGACCAAGAGGGAGGUGGGCAGAGCCAGCUGUCCGGUGUCCCUCGCAGGUCCAGCUUCUCAGAGGGACAGGCGCUCGCUGUCCCCAGUGGAACCAAGAAGAGCCAUACUCGCUCCCAUUCGGAUACCAACAUCGUCUCCAGAGGAGCCCCAGAGGGUGGCCAGUACCUAUGCUCAGGUGAAAGCAUGUUCCGAAGACCGUCAGAAGGACAGUCCCUUAUCAGCUACCUGUCCGAGCAAGACUUUGGAAGCUGUGCAGACCUGGAAAAGGAGAAUGCCCACUUCAGCAUCUCAGAGUCCUUAAUUGCUGCCAUUGAAUUAAUGAAGUGCAACAUGAUGAGCCAGUGCCUGGAGGAGGAGGAAGAGGAGGGGGAAGACAGCGACAGAGAGAUCCAGGAACUGAAGCAGAAGAUCCGCCUUCGCCGCCAGCAGAUCCGCACCAAGAACCUGCUCCCUGGGUACCAGGAGACCGAGCACGGAAGCUUUCGGGUCACUUCCAGCAGUUCCCAGUUCAGCUCGCGUGACUCCACACGGCUCUCUGACUCCGGCUCUGCCGAUGAGGUUGAUGAAUUGGAAAUCCAAGAUGCUGACAUCAGAAGGAGCACAGCCUCAAACAACAAACCCUUGAUUUCCUCCUCCCAGGCCUUCUCCCACUUCUUCCUCCACUCCACGUCCGCCGAGGCAGUAGCCAUGGGGCUCCUGAAGCAGUUUGAGGGGAUGCAGCUCCCAGCCGCCUCAGAGCUCGAGUGGCUAGUUCCAGAGCAUGAUGCCCCUCAGAAGCUCCUGCCCAUCCCUGACUCACUGCCCAUCUCGCCGGAUGAUGGGCAGCAUGCUGACAUCUACAAACUGCGUAUCCGUGUCCGUGGCAACCUGGAGUGGGCCCCACCCCGGCCUCAGAUAAUUUUUAAUGUUCAUCCAGCCCCAACGAGGAAGAUUGCUGUGGCCAAGCAGAAUUACCGCUGUGCGGGAUGUGGCAUCCGGACAGACCCUGAUUAUAUCAAGCGGCUGCGGUACUGUGAGUACUUGGGCAAGUACUUCUGUCAGUGCUGCCACGAGAACGCCCAGAUGGUUAUCCCCAGCCGGGUUCUGCGCAAGUGGGACUUCAGCAAGUAUUAUGUCAGCAAUUUCUCCAAGGACCUGCUCCUUAAGAUCUGGAACGAUCCUCUCUUCAAUGUGCAGGACAUCAACAGCGCCCUCUACAGGAAGGUCAAGCUGCUCAACCAAGUUCGGCUGCUGCGGAUCCAGCUGUAUCACAUGAAGAACAUGUUCAAGACAUGCCGAUUGGCCAAAGACCUUCUGGAUUCCUUUGACGCAGUUCCAGGCCACCUGACGGAGGAUCUCCACCUGUACUCGCUGAAUGACCUCACGGCAACCAGGAAGGGGGAGCUGGGGCCCCGGCUUGCUGAGCUCGCCAGGGCGGGGGCUGCCCAUGUGGAGCGAUGCAUGCUCUGCCAAGCCAAGGGCUUCAUCUGCGAGUUCUGUCAGAAUGAGGAUGACGUCAUCUUCCCUUUCGAGCUCCAUAAAUGCCGGACCUGUGAAGAAUGCAAAGCGUGUUACCAUAAAGCUUGCUUCAAGUGUGGGAGCUGUCCGCGGUGUGAGCGGCUGCAGGCCCGGCGGGAGCUGCUGGCCAAGCAGAGCCUGGAGCCCUACACGUCAGACUACGAGGAGGAGCCCACGGAAGCGCUGGCCGGGGAGGCCGCCAUCCUGGAGGCCACCUGA